AAGAUAAUUAGAAUUCGACCGUACAAAUUGUGAUAUCUUCGCAAAAAAUUAAAAAAUCCAAAGAUGGCCUUAUCAAAACCUAUUAUGAAUUUGGUAGCUUCAUAUUUGCAAAAUUUAUAUUUGCAUCCCAUUAGAACGAAGUCCAUAUCGAGCUGCGUGAUUGGAGCGACUGCCAGUGUUGCUUCACAAGUAGUCGCUGGUGAAUCACUCCGUCUCGACCCCGUGUUGGCAUUUGGACUCUAUGGUUUACUCUUUGGAGGAACCCUGCCGCAUUACUUUUAUGAAUUAUUGGAGCGAAUUUUCUCAGAAGAUGUAGUAGCAUAUCCAUUGGCAAAGAAGCUUUUAUUUGAAAGAUUAAUCUAUGCGCCAUUGAUCCAAGCAUUCUCUCUCUACACAUUGGCAAGAUUCGAGGGCAAGAACCAUAAAGCUGCAUUGAAACAGCUGUAUGCACUAUACAUGCCUGUCUUAGAAGCCAAUUGGAAGUGGUUGACUCUUUUCCAAGUUGUUAACUUGGCGUUUGUGCCACCUAUGUUGCGAGUACUCUUCAUGAACUUAGUAGGAUUUGGUUGGGCCAUGUUCUUAGCGACCAAGAGACGGCAGCAAGGUCAGAGGAAGGAGAACUAAGUACUGAUAAUGAUUAUUCGAAGGUGGUGGAUAGAUCACAAAUUUUUAAUUACUUUCAAAAGUUAUAAUUCAUAUUUUGCUAAUCAGCUUUUAGUUCACAAUGUCGCAUGUUUAUUACAACUGUUUUAUGACGUUCUUGGAGGAGGUGGAAGGUUAUAUUACAAUGUAAUGCUUGUAUAGUACUUACUUUUGUUGUGUAUGCUAUACAAUAUACAUCAUGCAUCUUUGGUUUCGCGCUUUGCUUUAGUGAAUAAAAUAUAACUGCAAACAAUAAGUGUUGCUGUACAGAAUAAUUAUAACUUUUGAAAUACGUCUCGUAAACAUCAUACCUUAUUUAGAAAUCGGAAUUGCAUAUUUAUUUUGUACACUUUUUAUAUUUGCACAAUAAAUGUAAGAGUAAUUUAAAUGUGGGAUAUAGGGAAUGUGAUAUGUUCUGCCUUCAUCAUAACUAACGCAAUCAACUUUUUUUAACGAAAUACAUAUCUGGAAUCAGUGAAACGAAAUCGGAUUUUUAUAUCUUAUUUAGUUUCAGUUUUAUGUUAAGAGUCGAUAUUGCCUCAACUCGAAUUCAAUUUCUUCCCAUACUAAUACGGUUCAUUUUUCUUGGGUACAGCGGCAGGGAUACUGACUUUAUUUCAGAAUUUAUUUUUUUAACAAACCAAAUUAAAACCAUUUCAAAAAUAUAUGUCAUAUAUCGUGUUCUGUUUAGUUCAGAUGAUAUAAAAAAGCUUUAUAU